CCUGCCAGUUAGAAAAGCCCCAAAAGUCCCAAACGGCCAACCAGACAAAAAAGCUUGUAUCUAAAAUCUUGUAGCGGCUGCGAUGAAUUCCAUCCCUCUACAUCAAAACCUUAUCUCCCUCCGUAUCUAAAAUCUUAUCAUAAACCCUAAUUAUCCACCUCUUCGUUGCUUCAAUUUCACAAAUUUCCACUUCUUCAACACGUUCACAACUCAUGGAUUCAAAGCCAGAAGACGCGUCUCAAUCAGGUUCCGUUUCUGUCAUUUCUGAUCAAAUUGAAUCUGUUAACGUUACGAAUGGUGUCAAUUCUGUUAACGUAGGUGAUAAUACGAUUAAUAUCGAUGCUAUCAAAGAUGUUGAUAACAGUAGUAGCUUAAAAGUUGUUUCUGAUGAUGAAACCGAGGGUUUUUCCGAUGCUAUUGAGUCAAUUUUGGAUGAGAAUACAGUUGUAGCGGUGAAGGAAACUCAAUUGAAUGCAGAUGUAGAUGUAGGUGAGGAUAAGGAUAACGAUGAGACGUUUUCGGAGCCUAUGGAGUUUGUUACUGAUAAGGUUGAUGAGGUUGGAGAUGAUGCCGUGAAGGAUAAGUUAGGGUUUGUGGAGAAGAGUGUGGAUUCGAGUGAAAUUGAAUCGAAUUCGAACAAUUCGAAUGGUGUGGUGGAGGAUAAGGAGGAUUUAGCUGGUGAAACUGCUUCUGAGGUUGUGGUUAAUGGUGUUAGGGGUAACACGGAAGGUGAUUCGGUUGUGGAAGAGGUAGGAGAUGAGGAGGAUGAUGGAGAUGAGGAUGUGUUGUUAGUUGGUGGUGCUGAUGAUGAUGACGGUAAUCCGGUUGUUGAUGCAAGUGAUGUGAAAGUUGGUUCUGAAGGUGAGUCGGUUGUGGAAGGUGGAGAUGUCGGUUUGUCGAUGCCGCCGGUAGUUAGUAAGGUGGAUGAUGAAACGCCUGUUACCGAUUCCGCUGGUGGGAAUGAUGUGAAGGUUACUUCUGAAGGGGAUUCUGUUGUGGAAGCCAUAGACGUCGAUUUGCCGCUGCCAGGAGCAGCGGGGGUGGCGGUAGUUACAAAGACAGAAGAAAGCGGUAGUGAUGACGUGGAGGUGAUGGAUAAGUCUGGUUUAUCUGAGAAGAUGGAUCCGGUUUUGGAAGAAGUGGUGGAUAAGGAGGUUGUUGGAGUAACUGAAGGGAAGUAUUCACCUUUAGAUGUUGAAGUUGAAGAUGUAGAGAAAGAAGUUGAUUAUGCGGGUCAAGAAAACGGGUCAGUGGUGGUCAAGACUGAUGUGGAUGAUCUGGAAAAUAUUACUGGUGAAGCAGUGGCUGAUGAUGCAGAUAAUAGUCAAGAAAACGGGUCGGCUGAUAAAUUUGUUUUAGAAGAAUCUGCUGAAAAAGACGAUGAUGAUGAACAAGAUCCACAGUCACAAAUGGUUGACGGUCAGAUUGUCACCGAUUCAGAUGAAGAAGAUGACGAAGAAGACGGGAAAGAACUCUUUGAUUCAGCCGCUUUAGCCGCCCUUCUGAAAGCAGCGGCAGACGGCAGUUCAGAAGGCGGCAACAUCACAUUCUCUUCACAAGAUGGUUCUCGGCUUUUCACAGUCGAGCGGCCCGCAGGGUUGGGUCCAUCGCUCCAGGCCAUGAGAGCCGCCCCGAGGCCGCAACGGGUCAACUUUUUAAACCCUUCGGGUUCCACGACGGUCGACAACGAACCUAAUUUAAGUGAAGAAGAAAGGAAAAAACUUGAGAAACUACAAUCCAUCAGGGUGAAGUUUUUACGACUUGUUCAUCGAUUAGGGCUUACACCAGAUGAACCAAUGGCUGCACAGGUUCUUUACAGGCUGGCACUCAUUGCGGGUCGACAAACGGGUCAAUCGUUUAGUCUUGAUGCUGCUAAACGGAAAGCUACGGAGCUUGAAUCUGAUGGAAAUGAUGAUGACUUGGACUUCUCUCUCAACAUCCUAGUCAUGGGUAAAGCUGGGGCCGGUAAAAGCGCGACAAUAAACUCCAUCUUCGGAGAAGAAAAAACCGCUGUCGGUGCGUUCCAGCCUGGCACGGAUUCGGUGAAGGAGAUACGUGGCGUGGUAGGUGGAGUUAUGUUUCGGGUCUUUGAUACACCCGGGCUUCGGGCAUCCAUAAUGGAACAAGCGUAUAACCGGAGUGUAUUGUCAUCGGCUAAAAAAGCCAUGAAGAAAAACCCAGCAGAUGUUGUUCUUUAUGUUGACCGUUUAGAUGCACAAACCCGCGAUCUCAACGAUAUUCCAUUACUGAAAACCAUUACCAGCUCACUGGGUUCCGCCAUCUGGCGAAGCGCUAUUGUAACGUUUACACAUGGCGCUUCCGCUCCACCAGAAGGAUCAAACGGGACUCCAUUGAGUUAUGAAAUGUUUGUGACUCAACGGUCACAUGUGGUUCAACAAUCUAUCGGUCAAGCUGUUGGUGAUUUGAGAAUGAUGAGCCCGAGUUUGAUGAACCCGGUUUCUUUAGUUGAAAACCAUCAGUCUUGCCGUAAGAACCGUGAAGGUCAAAAGGUGCUUCCCAAUGGUCAAACUUGGCGGCCGCAGCUACUUAUGUUGUGUUACUCGAUUAAAAUUUUAGCGGAAGCGAAUGCGUUGACUAAACCACAAGACCCAUAUGACAGCCGGAAGCUUUUCGGGUUCCGUAUGCGGUCCCCACCACUGCCGUACAUGUUGUCUUCGAUGUUGCAGUCGCGUCCCCACCCAAAGCUGUCGGCGGAUCAGGGCGGUGAUGGUGGUGAUUCGGAUGUUGACCUGGCUGAGUUGACUGAUUCUGACAAUGAAGAUGAAGAUGAGUAUGAUCAGCUUCCGCCUUUCAAACCGUUGAAAAAAUCACAGCUUGCUAAGCUUAGCAAAGAGCAGAAAAAAGCGUACUUUGACGAGUAUGAUUACCGAGUGAAGCUUUUACAGAAGAAACAAUGGAAAGAAGAAGUAAAACGAAUGAAAGAAAUGAAAAAGAAAGGAAACGAUGGUUUGACUGGUCAAAGUUACCAGGAAGAAGAAGGCGAAGGAGACGCACCCGCAUCGGUGGCGGUCCCAUUACCCGACAUGGUGUUACCACCGUCUUUUGAUAGCGAUAACCCCGCAUACCGAUUCCGAUUCCUGGAGCCGACUUCGCAGUUCCUGGCCCGACCCGUUCUCGACACCCAUGGUUGGGACCAUGAUUGUGGUUAUGACGGAGUCAACGUUGAACAAUCCCUCGCAAUCGCUAACCGAUUUCCCGCUGCGGUUUCCGUUCAAGUUACGAAAGACAAGAAAGACUUUAGUAUCAACAUGGACUCCUCGAUUGCCGCUAAACACAACGAAAAAGCAUCCUCGAUGGCCGGUUUCGACAUUCAACCAAUUGGGAAACAGCUCGCUUACAUAGUUAGAGGCGAAACGAAAUUCAAAAAUCUGAAGGGAAACAAAACCGCAGCAGGAAUGUCGGUCACGUUUCUGGGAGAACACACGGUGACCGGGUUCAAAGUCGAGGAUCAAUUGACACUCGGGAGACAAUACUCGAUCAUCGGGAGUGCGGGUACGGUCCGGUUCCAAACAGAUUCGGCUUAUGGAGCCAACAUUGAGGUCCAGCGUCGCGAGCUCGAUUACCCGAUCGGUCAAAUCCAGUCAACAGUUGGAUUAUCUAUCAUAAAGUGGAGAGGGGAUUUGGCAUUAGGGUUCAACAGUUUGGCUCAGUUCUCAGCCGGGCGGAACUCAAAAGUGGCGGUUCGAGCCGGGAUUAAUAACAAGAUGAGUGGUCAGAUUACGGUUAAAACUAGCAGCUCGGAAUACCUUUCACUCGCGCUUGCAGCAGUUAUUCCUUCCGUUCUUGCGGCUUACAAGAAAUUGCGACCUGAUGCCGGUGAGAGGUACUGAAAUUUUAUGGUAUUUUUAAGAUUAUUGUUUCGGGUUAUGAUUAUUGCGGUUCUAUUGAAUAAUAGUUAUAAUAAUAAUAAAUGUGGUUAAUUUAAAAAUGAAGCAGUUGAAAGCUUCUGUGUACUGUUUAUUCUUGUGGUAUGAACAAGAUGAGAUUAAAUUUUGAGGGAAUACAAUGAAUCUACGUUUGUUUAAA